AUAGCCAUGGAAACUGUCCCAAUUGUCCUCAUUACACACAAACGCUAGAACACUUCACUCUAAAAUGUCCAUUAAGUAAAACAAUCUGGGAAACUGCUUAUGAAGUACUUAAGACAACCGAAACUGAAAAAUGGGAGGACAUUUUUCAAGCGACUAAUAUUAAUGACAACAGAAAACAUAAGCCUGCAAUCUAG